GGGAGGACAACUGGGAGAAUGAAGCAUUCUGCCUGAAAGUUCUGUGUGAGGAUGAAAAGGGCUGGCAUGUUUGUGAGACAUUGUUUACUAUCAAGAUGAAUGAGAACAUGAAAAGCAUGAUCAAAGGAUGUUCCGCUUAUCUGGCACGAAUGUACGCCAUAUUGCGCCAGAGUGCUGUCACCUUGAACUGCUUUGAUGGACCAGUGGGGUUCAAGUUUACAUCAUGGGUUGAUCAGCACGCACUUGACAAUGUUAACUUCCUGGACUCCUACUUGGCCUUAAGAACGAAACUUGUUGAAGAUGAAAAAGCUGCAAAAUUUCUGUCCCAGCUUCACAGAUGCCAUCUACCAACAGGCAAAGUCUACUGGUUGUGCAAUAAGCAUUCUUCGGGACCCCGCAUUACUCAUCUCAGUACCGAGGUCACUACAAGAAACGAAGUAGGUCGAGUUUAUUAUGAGGAGGAUGUCAAACUCAAGGAGGUUCUGGGACACUCAGAUGUAUACAAACAAAAGAAAAAAGCCAAGAGCCCAUCAGCUGGGAUUGUUCUACCAAAGA